AUGGCCAGUGUGGAUGGGGACGAGCCAAGGGGGCCCCGAGGGGAGCCCCAGGGCCUGGAGGAGCACUGGCACCAGCGGCCCUGGGUCUUGGGGUUUGGAGGACUGAUUCCAACGACCUCCCCCUCCAGGAUUUUUGUCAACCGCAGCCUGGCGCUGGGGAAGAUUCGCUGCUUCGGCUUCGAUAUGGACUAUACUCUGGCAGCCUACAAGUCCCCGGCCUAUGAGAUGCUGGCCUUCAAAUUGCUGCUGGAGCGCCUGGUGAGCAUCGGGUACCCGCACGAGAUCCUACGCUACACCUACGACCCCGCCUUCCCCACCAGGUGCGGGAGCUCGCUGGGCGGGAGGCUGGGCCUGGUCGCCGGCCCUGGCACCCCACCCACAGCCUCUGUGUCCUCUCCCAGGGGGCUGGUGUUUGACUCGCUCUACGGGAACCUGCUGAAGGUGGACGCCCACGGGAACGUGCUGCUGGGCGCCCACGGCUUCUCCUUCCUCUCGGAGGCGGAGAUCUGGAGCUUCUACCCCAGCAAAUUCAUUCAGAGGGACGACCUGAAGCGGUUCCACGUCCUCAACACGCUCUUCAACCUGCCUGAAACCUACCUGUACGCCUGCCUGGUGGACUUCUUCUCCGGCUGCUCCAGAUACACCAACUGUGACACUGGCUAUCAGCAUGGGAACCUCUUCAUGUCCUUUCGAAGCCUCUUCCAGGAUGUGACAGAUGCCAUGGAUAAUGUCCACCACUCGGGCUGUCUCAAGGAGAAGACCUUGGAGGACUUGGAGAAAUACGUGGAGAGGGAUGCGCGAAUCCCUGUCCUGCUGGGCAAGAUGAAGGAGGUUGGGAAGGUGUUCCUGGCCACCAACAGCAGCUACAACUACACGGAUGCCAUCAUGACCUACCUGUUUGGCAUUGGUGAGGCCGAGGCCCCAGCCAGACCCUGGAGGUCCUACUUUGACCUGAUCGUGGUGGACACGCAGAAGCCCCGCUUCUUUGCGGAGGGAACGGUGCUGAGACAGGUCAACACGGACUCGGGCAAGCUCCGCGUGGGCACCUACACCGGGCCCCACCAGCACUAUGCCGUCUACUCGGGAGGCUCUUCAGACAUGGUGUGCGAACUGCUCGGGGUUCGGGGAAAGGAUAUCCUAUACAUCGGGGACCACAUCUUUGGGGACAUUCUCAAGUCUAAGAAGCGGCAGGGCUGGCGGACUUGCCUGGUGGUUCCUGAGCUGUCCAGGGAGCUGGGCAUCUGGGCUAGAGAGAAAGAGCGGAUGGAGGAGUUGAAGAGAAUGGACGUGCACCUGGCAGACCUGUACCAACACACAGAUGGGAGCAGUUACGGACUGCAACUCAUCCACUCCACCAAGAGGGAGAUUCAGAUGCCCCAUGAAUCAGCUGUGGUGCAAGAAUGGACCGGUCUGGAUCCCGCCUCCUGCCUUCUUUUCUGCAGCCAGAGGGCUGAGGGGAAGGAGACAGAGGAGGACCAGGAGGGCUGCAUGGAGGCAGACUGAACCCUGCACUGGGGCUGGCAUCACAGAUCAUCUUCUAUCUGAGACAUUUUUCAGAUAACAAGGAAAAUAUGGGAGAGAGAAAAAGCAACUUUAUUGAAAUCUCCUAAAUGUCACAGAUUUUAGAGCCCAAGAACCUCUCUUUUAGGGAGGAGGAAGGAGUAUUUAUUGCUCUGACGCCAGAAAGCAUCCCCCCAUGGCCGCUGGGCCAUUUGGAAACGUGUGUAACAAGUGGAAUUGUUUUACCCAGGUCCCCGGAGAGCAUCAUUUCAUAUCCAAUUUUAUUUCUAUCCACUUCUUUUUAAAAGUAGUAUUUCUGUGCACUUUGGAUUCUGUUACUAAAACAAUACCUGAAUGGCUAUAGACGACCUCCUUAACUAACUGUUCUUUCUAGGUCACUGUGGAGGACAGUCAAGGAGAUAGCCCAGAUGUCUUUGAACUUGAUGUAUACAUGAAUUAAAAACUG